AUGGCUCGGGUUUUCUGUGCCCUCCUGCUGCUGCUGGCCCUGCGCUGGGGCCCCGGGCGGGCAGGGGAGUUCUGCCACGGCUGGGCGGGCAGCCCCCAGCGCUGGCACCGCGGCUUCCAGUGCCCCGAGCGCUACGAUGGCCCCCAGGCCACCCUCUGCUGUGGGACCUGCACCCUGCGCUACUGCUGCUCGGCCAGAGAGGCCCGUCUGGACCAGGGCCGCUGCCCUGGGGACCAUCAGCAGCCCAGCCCCAGGCCUCCAGUGCCAGGACAUUCAAAACGAGCUGCAAGCAAGAGAGCACCCAGUAUCAUUUGGCUGUGGGUUGAUCCGUCCGAGCUGAAAGCAGGACAGGAGUGCAGAACAGCAGUGCCGGCUCUUAACCGCCUGUUCCCGGGUGCAGUGUCAGUGUUUGUUGAGCAGUCUGAAGUAGUGGAUUCUGCAGCUGUAGGAAGAGAUGCCAUGGGAGAGUGGAUUCAUCUGGAAAAUAAAGAAGCUGCCAUGAAGCAAGACAAAUCUGACAUCCAAACUCAUGCUGAAAUGACUGGAUUAGUAGCUGAAGAACUGGAUGCUCUCCACUCCUUUUGCAGCAUGAAGAUAAGUCGGAUGCAUCAGCAGGGAACUGGUGGCAAGUCAAGAAAGCUGCAGCAUGGAUUGACAGCAGAGAAACUGCAGACAAGUGACUUGAACUGCAUUGUUCCUGAUCACCUAAUGAACAGAAUCCACCUGAAAAAUAUCAGGGAGACUCUUAAACAGGUGACAGAAGCUGAAAUCCACGACUCGUCCGUGUGCCCCGACUGCCAGAAGAAGGAAGCAGAGUUGGCCCAGGUUGCCUUUCUCAGGCGGAAGAAGGUUCUCAUGGAAAGUGCUUUAACACAAGAGAAACUGGAAGAACAGAUUUACUCCAGAGAUGGGCUUACACUUCUAGGAGAGGCACUCAGAAGCUUGCCCAAACCUUCAGAGGAUCCCAGGAACUUAUGGCAAAGGCUGAAAGCUCUCAGAUUCCUAGGGGGAAGAGAGGAAGUGGUUAGGCAUCUGGCACUGUUCCAAGAGUUACAGGAAGGACAGAGUUGGGUGAAUGUCUGAAAUCUUCAGCUUCACUGGAAGGAUGAAGACCAGAAAUGACAGCCAUGGGUGCAAGGUGUCCCCGAGCCCCCUGCAGUCUGCACGGCCUAAGGGGGAGCAAGCGCUGCUCGGCUGCAGUCCCGGCACACACGAGAAUGCCCUUAGCAUUGAAUCCUCAUCACAGGACCUGUGUGGAUGAGUGUCUCUGUGACUGUUUGUGCUUCCUUGGGAGCUGAGAAGCAGCAGCCUGGCCAGACGUCCUUCAGAGCUGCCGCAGAAGGGCUGAAGUGCAGAGAGUAAUUAACCCCAGAAAAUUGCAUGGGGCUUUUUCUUGGCUGCAAUCUCAAGGCAAACAGGUUUUAUGCGGCUCAGCUUCAGUGGAUGUGGACUCCUGUUUUACCCUUUAUCAACAGAAGCAGUGAAGAAGCAGCAAUGUUCCUGGGGACUGCACAAGACCUGCUGGAUCCUGGUGUGAGGUGGCUGCAGGGAUGAGUUGCAGCAUGGUCAGCCUUAGUGUACCUCAGCCCUGAGCUGAAGAGAAAUCUGAUGGUGCAAAGGAAUCAGAAAGUGACUUGUAAGCUUCCUCAGUCCCUGCCAUCCGCAGAGAUAACACCAAGAGCCACCUACAGGGCUGCCACGUGAGUACUGCUGGAAAAAACAACCUGUUCAUUUUCUACUGCCCAAGGAAACAUUUGGUUCUCCUGAGGCACUGUGAGAGCUGACAGGAAAGGCUUUGCUUUUAUUUCUUAUUUUUAAACAUAGCUUCCAGAAUCCUGAGCCUAAGCUGUCUUCAUCUCACUUCAGUCCAGGACUGCACAGAUCAUGUUUAUUAUUUUCACAUCUUGGCAGUGCCAGCUCCCUUCCUUUACCUAACCUGGAAUCGAGCACAGAAUAAAUCUGGUUCAGUGCUCAACAUGAGGAGAGGGGUAAGGACAGGAGGUAAGCAGCAGACUUGGGACAGUGUGGUGGCCCUUGGGUGGCAUGAGCACUGCCCAGCUAAGGAGCGGGAGAGAGGAGAUCUUCUCCAUGCUAUUUUCUGCCUCAACAGAUUCCAGGAUGGACCUUGUUUGAAAAACCAUUACUGAAUGAAGUCGCUGUUUUUCCAUCCUGGACACUCUUUCUUCCCUUAGGAUCUCCUGGGUCAUAUAAGGGGUGUGCUGUUCCAAGCCCAGAUUCACAUUUCAUUGUAAUUAGAUUGUCAUUCCUAUCUCUGUCUUAAUUACAUAACAAGCCAAGCAUGGGCAGAUAGGAGGUUUAGCACUGCUGGGCUGCCAGCUUUGGAAAGGAGAUCCAGGCAAUUUGUUUUAACGGGACAGUUUAUUAGCAGCUUUGUCCCCUUAGGCAGAUGAUCACUUUUUUCUCCUGCCUGCUAAUGACAACAAAAAAAUGUGAAUGAAAAACUGUUUUCUGCAAUUUGUUGAAAAAUAUUCCUUUGACAACAGCUGGUGUGGGCAACAGUUGUCUGGUUGGGGGUAAAAGAAAGGUGCAGCAGUCAGUGGGCUGGAGGGUGGGUGGUGUGAGCUGCAGACAAGAACAUGGCAAUGAAGGGUUAGCAGAAGGACUAAAGGGGCUUUGACAGCAGAGAAAGUGUCCUGCCUUUAGAGCUGGGGAUGGUUAGACAGGGGGAAUGGGUGCAGGAGAAGAAAUCACCAAAGAGCCAAAAAGCCUUAGAAGAGGGAGGGGAGGGAGAAGGCUCUAAAUAGACACUUGGAGCUAAGGAACAUCCUACCAGCUCCCUCCGCAUCCAGACAGGCUCCCAGGUGGCUCCCAGGUGCCAGCCACUACAGGGGCUGUUCAGCACGAGGAAUCUGGCAGCUGGGGAGCACGCUAGACCAUAUUUACACCCUCAGCAGUUUGGAUGUGAGACAGUUUCAAACUCAGGCAGGGUUCUGGCCCAACCAACAACAGUGCAAAUGUAACUGUGAUUUAACCGGUGGCGGUGCAAGUUCUGAAGGUGUUGAAAGGCCUGUGCCACACAGUAAAAUAUGUAACAGAGCUGUUGAUGUUGGAAUAUUUGCUAUGGUUUUUUUCUAAGGCCAUGCUUCCCUACAACUGGUGAUAUAUUGAUGAGUAUUCUAGCACACAAAGGGACUUCUGGCUUUAGUCGAUAUAGUUAGGAAUUUGUGGCAGCUUCAUGAAGAAUUCUCUGCCAUCAGCUCACUCCUCAUAUGAACAAUACUCCAAACUCAUUCCUCUCUCUGGUCUCAGCUGCAGCAUUUUGGCACAGGGAAAGGGCACCUGCUGUUUCUAAAGAACUCGGUGCUUCAUGGAUGAAAACCAAGCACCUUGCAUCCACCUGCAGCCUGCUGGUAGUGAGUGCAGGGCCCAGAGCAGUUACGUGGUGUUUUCUCAGAGCAGAGACUGGAUAAGCAGGAUCUUGCAGUACCCUUUGCUCCCCAGUAGUUUCAAGGUGCAAUUGCAUGAAUUUUAGAAAUUCCCUCCUGAGGUGACAAAAGCAGAUGGUUGCAGCAAGGUUCCUGUGUAGGCAGGGUGUCCCAACACAUCUCUGCAGGACAGUUGCAGGUUCUGGAGCCAGGGUUUUCAGGUGUGUUAUGUUGUGUUGCAGGUGAGCUUUGCUACGUGGCUCCCAUUCUGGUCUCCCACCCAAGCAGCCUUUCUUGAACAAAAGGCUGGGCUGCCGCCCUGCACUUAAGGCACUGUGACUAUUUGGUAAUUACAACUAAUAAUUUAGUAAAAAUGUGCCUGCUUUUCCCACUUUCAGAUGGCUCAGGAUGCCUGUAUUUCUUGUUUCCUCAUAAUGAGCUGUCUACAAAAGCUGUAUCUUAAAUUUCAUUCCAACCCUCUUAACAACCUGAGUUUAGGGAGAGAAACAAACUGCCAGAGGAAGCAAUUAGCUUAAAUUUACCUGAACCCAAAAUCCUACCCAGUGACAUGAAUGAAUCCCGAGAGAUUCAUGCUUGGGAAGGAAUUUCAGCAAGUGGAGAUCAAGUUGCUUUUCAUCUUGGAUGCUCUCAGGCUUUAUGUCCCUUACCAGGUGCCAGAGGUCACCCUGUUUUCCUACUGAAAGGCUCCACCAGCCUCAACUUAGCCCACAGUCCUCCCUGCCUUAAGAACAGUGUAAAUGGAUCUGGAACUGGAUUUGUCUGACAGAAUAGUCAUUCUGGGUGACGCUUUGGAUUACCCUUUGGUAACUUCAUGAUGCUGAAAGCUUGGCUUGUUUCCUGGCCUGGGCAUGAUGAUCAGUGAUAGACCAGAGGGGUCCCAGGGACCCUGCCCAGCAAAUCAAUGAGAUGAGCUUCACACCAGGCAGGAGUGAGUCAAUCUGCAUGACCCAUCAAGUGCUCUGUGCAUCAGGAUUUGAUUUAGCUGAUGGGGCAAGUAGCAAGAUGCAAGUCCUGAGUGACUGGGGCUCAGCUUUGGAGUCUGUUUGACCAUGUGUCUGUGUGGAGGCAGAGAUGACAGAAUUGAGUGGGAGAGAAGGUGGUGUCAUUUGUGUUACAGGCUCAUCCUCUCUGUGUGAAGGGCUGGAUGUACAGAGUGUGACGUGAAAACCCAGCUGCUGUUGGUAUCUCUGCUGUGGCACACCAAAAGCUGAGUGAGCUUUGUCACUGGCCCUGAAUGUCUCCUCCACCUCACACCAUUGCUCUUUCAGAGAUGGGAGGGAUGGAGAGUAUUGAGAAGGCAGGCAGGCUGUGAAGACAGCACAUUGCUUGGAAAGAGGGUGCUGCUGCAUCUUCAGUAGUAAAUCAGGACGAUUAUCACACCAGGGGAGAGGAAGAAAGCCCAGAGCAACAGCAUCUGGUGUGAAUGAUGUCUCUGAGCUGGCUGGAGCUGUCUGUCUUCCCAGCGCAUCGCCCAGCUAAGCCAUGCAGCCUGCCAGCAGCCAUUAAUCCCACCGCCCUGCCGGAAAGCUGACACUGGGCCCAGGCAAAUACUUCUUGUGUCUGACAGUUCAGGGGUUUGGUUUUGGGUUUUUUUCUUUUUAAUACUUGCUGUAAUGAGCAAGAGCCCAGAAGUGCUGGGAGUGCUUCUGCAGGGUCUGUGGACAUGUGUCAACACAAGAACACACAGAAGCCAGAGAAGCUUCCUCUGUGUGCAAGUCCUGUCGCCCCUUCUGGCUCCAAAUGUGCAGCUCUCAAGAGAGGAGGCACAGCUGCUGAGACAGGGACUCACCCCCAGCACCUGCUCCUGCUGCAUCCAUCUCCUCUGCAGUGCUUUUCCUCUGUGAGGAAUGUGAGGGGAUGUGGGGGAAUGCCAGUAGCAGAAGUGCUGAAUUCAUUAGUUUCUCAUUUCACCCCGACUUGUUAAGACACAAUUGCUCUGAACAUGAUUUUUUAGGAGUAAUCCUGACUUAGGCAACUAAUCCAAUUUGGUUUUUUGUUGUUGUUUGUUUGUUUGUUUGUUUGUUUUUUAAUGGGAGGGAACACACCAAAGGGGUUUUUGAGAUGAAAGCUUGCUUGGACAAAGCUGUCUCCAUCCACAGGUCAGGUGAUGCCAGACCCACAGCUGCAGAGCUGCAGGUGAGGCAUGCUGACAGCACACUGCAUGUCAGACAGUAUUUUACAGACAUUUCCUUCCUAUUUAUGUCAUAUUCUUCCAGGGUUUACCAAGGUACAGUGCUAGCACUGACAUGGGGAAGAGCUUGCACUUUCCAACCAGUAACAUGUGAUGGAUUUGGCUGAUAAGUCUUUUGUUCCUCAGCAAAGAAGGGGGAACCUGAACCCUUGAUAACCAAGUCUGUAAUUUUACAAAUAAACAUGAGUAACAAGAAUAGACUUUGCCUACCUUUUCCUAUAGAUUGACAUAACUAAUGCCAGGAAGCCCUUGUUGAGGGGCUUGUCCCAGUGACACCUAAGGAUGUCAUGAAGAAGCUGCACUGUGGGUGAGGAGCUCAGGAGGAGCCAUGUGCUGGGUGUUUACCAGGUGCUCAAUAAUGCAUUGCAGUGAAUCACACACAAGUUUCACUUUCUCCCUAUUAGAAUUAUUCCAAGCAAUAAUAUGACUGACCCAGAACAAAAAUAACUCCAAUAAACAAGGGUAUAGUGAGGUAUUACAGCUAGCUAAUAACCAAAGCCUACACACUGAAUUUACCAUUUUCCAAAAGUUUUAACUGCAAUGUGUUACAGCAAGGGGUGUAAUAAGAUCUUUCCUUUAAGGAAAAGAAAAAAGAAGCUGGUAAAAAGUGAUGCUUAAAUGUUACAGUAGCUCAUUUAAGUUAAAUGCAAAGUUUAGCUGUUUGCUACAGAGAUGGAACCAACGAUAACAAAUGGUGACAGGUAAGAGGGGAGAGGAUAGGUGAACAGGUUUUUCUGAUGAACUGGGUAAAAUAAUGGAACAGAAAUACAAUUUAGGGGACCCUUGGAAUCACCAGAAAGUCCUCCAGAAGGUGCCCCAGUCUGGGCAACAGUCUUCAGUUACCUGGAUAACAAUUUGUUAUUCCUCUCUCCCUAGGCUAGCACACAGGACUAAAUAAGCCAUUCUGACCACAUGGAUAUUGUUGACUGUUCCUGGCUUAGCUUUGCUUUCACAGAAUCACAGAAUCGUAUGGGUUGAAAGGGACCUCGAAAGAUCAUCUAGUCCAACCCCCCUGCUAGAGCAGGAUCACCUAGAGCACAUCACCCUGAUUCUGUCGUUACCAGAUUACAUGUGUGAAAAGGCCAAGAGACAAUACUUGUAGGUUCAAGAGAAGACAAAAAUUAAACUGACUGAAGUAGUAAAAUCAAAUAGAUCCAACUUACAGCUGCCUCUGUCUUCUCCAAGAAAGAGUCACCCUGUUUCUCAUGGUGUUACUGCUAGUAAUAGUGGUCAGGGUGACAGAUCACCAAAGGAACACCUCCCCUUCUGCUGUUCUGGUCCCUCCAAACAGUUUCUGCCUGCCGUAUUAACAACACCAGGCUGUAAAUCAUUCCAGAGGUUUCCUUGUAGUCUGCAGGCUCCACUGUUAUUUGUGGUUUAGAUGCACAGGACCGUCACAACUGAUGUGUUACAUGGCUGUUGUGCUCUGGAUUUUGCUCUAAAGAGUAAGGACUCAGCUCCAAAACAGCAGGGACUUGGGGUCACACCUACAUCAGCAAGUGGCCACACAGUAAGUAAUGCUGCAGUCUGCUGGGCAGGAACAGUCCCUACAACACCAGAUGCCUUACGGAAAAUGGACAUUUUCAUUAAAAAUCCCUAAAUGCCACUUUUUACAUGCUGCUGGGAUGCAUCCGAGUCAGGUUCUGCUCGGCUGUGCGGAAGAGCAAGCUCCUUUUUGUAGAGCAGGGUUUUGACCUCCAAAGUGUGCUCCUUUCUGUGCUGCCUCUUCUUCCUGACUUAGAAAAGCCCCUCUCAGAUCAGCUGCCCCCCUCACAAGGUCUAACGGCUGCUGCUCUUUUCCGCAUGACAGGAACGCUGUAGUCGCACGUUUUUGCCAUUUACUCGACAUGGUCUCGGUAACAAAAUAUCUCUUUGUCACCAGCUGGCUGCGUGAGGAGGUACCACGUACAGGCAGCACUUCGCAUUCCCUGUAUCUGAGGGACCUCUGGCUUCCGCUGAGGGUAGUUUUCUGCUCCUUCAAGGCAAGGAUGGAUGCAGGUGCUGUCCUCGCAGCCCCCGUGCUGAAAACCUGGGGGGAUGCAGUCUGCUCACAUACAGCCUGCUGUGGAAAGUGUGUGAGGACCGAACUCAUCUGCCUGAGGUUCAAAAAAAUGGUAUUUUGUAUGUAUAUACAGUUGUUUAUAUAUGUCUACUUUUCUGUUACAUACAGAGAUGCUGGGAAUCUGUUAACUACCACAGACAAUACCGAGGAAAGCCAUUUAUCCUUAGAAGCAGGAUUUCUAUUGCUUGGAGGUGAAGGCAGCUUUGAGUCAGAUCCAUGUCUUGCUGAUUCUCUUUUUAUUUUUUUUGUUUACAAUAUGCUGUUUAACUUCAGCCAUGGCAGCUGAUCCUAAGAAAGGUUAUACACACAUUUAUCCCACAGUUCUGCAAUCUCUCACUACCCAGAAGAGGGACAGGACUUCAUCUUCCCUCCGUUUCCAACUUGUUGCUUUUUGAUACCUCUUUCACACUGCUUGCCUCAAGAAAACUACCAACACGAAUCUGCUGGGCCAGGCAGCUUCUUAGCUAUCCCUUCUCAGAGGAUCACCUGGCAAAGCCAGCCAGGCUAUGCUGUCAGGAGAGCAGGUUUCCAAACCUUCACCAUGACUGAUGUAACCACUUCAUCUUACUCAGAGCCACAUUGCUCUCUUACUGAAGCCUAGUUUCCUUCACAUUUGUUCUCAGCGAUUUUUUUUGCAAUUUUUUAACUUCACAGAUGGUAAUUAAAAGCACCUGUUCUCAGUG